AUGCCCAGGGACCUUCAGCAGAGCCCUGCAGAGGAAGGGAGGAGCAUCACUGACUCUCUCAUCGCCCAGAGAAACCUAUCCUGCCCUGCAGAAAAAGAGACCCCAGAGAGCAUAUCCAAGGCCUUGGCGUCGCUGCUCACCAUCCGCUUGGACAGGGAGAACAUUUGCGCUAUCAGCAACCUGCAGGGUCUGAGAGAGGUCCGCAGUCUCUACCUGCAAGAGAACCAAAUUGAGACCAUUGAGAAUCUCAGCUGCCUUCCCAACCUCCGAUUUCUCUCACUGGCUGGGAACCGCGUCCGGGUAGUGGAGAACCUCCGGGACCUGCGGCAACUGCAGUUCCUGGACCUGUCGCAGAACCGGAUCGAGACACUGGACCCUGAUGAGCUGCCCUGGACCCUCCGCAUCCUGAACUUAUCGGGAAACAGGUGCACCCACCAAAAUGGCUACAGAGAGUUGGUGCUCGGGGCCUUGCCCCAUCUCAUGAAGUUGGACACCCAGCUUAUCCCCAGCUGGAGGGACCCUGACCCAGCGGAGGAGGAGGAGGAAGAGGAGGGAGCUUCUGAUGACACUGACUCUGAGGAAGAUGAUGAUGAACCUGAGCUGACUGGUCCUUUCUGUGCAGACAAAGAGUUCUUUACGGGUCUCCGCCAGGAGCUGGCUGGCCGCUCACAGAGGAGGAGGCAGGAGGCGCUGAGCGAACACCAGGCCCGGCUGGAGGAGCUCACAGAGCGACAGAGACUGAUGCAGCCGCCAGGAGAUCUGUGCCCAGGAAGCCGGGAGGGCCGCCUGGCACCUAGCCCAGCGGAGGAGGAAGCUGCAGGAGGGAGAUCGCCAGCCCCUGGGCUGCUUGAGCCGGACCCCAACCCCAAGUCAGGAUCUCGGCUGCUUUCUCUACCGAAGGCAGGAGGCUCUGCGAGGUCUGGCACCCCACGCACUGGCGGGCAGAGCAAGCGCGGGAGCAGGGCCCGCCUCAAGCCCCCGAAAAGGGAGGCUUCCACCACAGUUAAAACUGUAGCCAGAGCAGGAAAGAAGUGACUGAUGCCCAGCCAGCCCCCGCUGACCGCGCCGGCCUGGACAAAACAGCACAGUGGCGCUUGCGAUCGAAACGUAAAACCUCUUUAUUCCACCUCAGUCUGUCUGCCUGUGGGCUCCCUGGCGGGAGUGGGGCUAGCCCUGCGCAGCAUCCCAGCUCUGUACAGGACACGUAGGUGGGGGAAGUGACUCGAACGAGGUCCCUAGCGGAGUCAGAGAACCCAGCUGUCCUGUGCUCUAACCAUUAGGCCGUGUUUCCUCUUAGGAAGAAGCAAGGUGGGCCCUGGUAACCCAGCCACCAAAUUCAGCUCCAUCUAGCUAGCUGAGGCUCUCCCCUUCCCGGUCCCACGGAGCUCAGGCCUGUUCAAGCUGCUGAAGCCUCCGCUGGAGCUCUGGACUCUUCAUGGGAGUGACAACUUGUGCAAGGAAAGGAGUGGCAGGCGCCCGCCCAUUCCCGGGGAGGGCUGUCCACAGCUACAGGCUGGGCAAUGCCAGGCGGAGGGUCCAGAGAGGGCACCAUGCCAGAGCAAUAAUCCCGGUGGCACAAAGCCACUUCCAGUCCAGUUCACACAGCCGGAGAGAACGGCAGCGAUGGGAUGUGAGGUUAGGAAUCAGGAUUGGAGCAGACGGGGCGGCAGCAGCAGCGGGAAUUAAGGUUCUCCUGUGCCUUUGAAAUGCUCCCCGCUGAAAGGAAAGCAGGGGAGAGAAGCGAACAGAGCAACCUCCAGACAGGGUAGGGCAGGCAGGGCUCUGAAACAAACCAGGUGGGAGGGGGUGUCCUUUCACCGGCGGCUGGGGGUGGCCAGAAGGUGGACCAUGGCUCAGCUACACCUAUUCUCCUCUUUCUGAUGGUGCAGCACAAGAAGACCACACGUCCCAGAAUGCAAUGCUCUCCCUUGCUUUGAGCAACCCAGUUAUGUUGCAUGGUGGACCCUGUAGUCUCUAUGGGCCAUAUAUCUCUGUUAAGGAUGAAGGAGCGUCAGGUUCCCAAGAGGAGGCCGACGACAUCCCAGUGACUGAUCAGUGUAACCCGUCUGUGACGGCUUCCCCAAUCCCAUAAAUAAAUGGGGCUGUUCCAG